GUCCAGUUUCCAGGCAGAGGUGUCACCUGGCCUCACCCCACUCCUGGCUCAGGUAUCUCCCUCGAGUGAAGUCCCCCCUGCUCUCCCAUCCCCCAUGCAGACAGUCCCAGUAAAACUCCCCUGAGACAUCCCCAGGUCAAUCCGCCUGCUCCCCGCUCUGUCACACCUGGGGUGCACAGGGCCCUGGCCAGGAGGGGAGCAGAUGGGGGGGCGGGGGCCGCGCCCGGCUUCACACUCGAAGGCAAAGAGCUCCAUCUGCUGCUUCCCAGAUGCAGCGGAGGCUGCACAUUCCCACGGCCCCGCGGGGCGGAUGGCUCCGAGCCGGGGCGGAUGGCUCCGAGCCGGGGGACAGCGUGGGGGAGCCCAGUGGUUAGAGGUCGGGGCACGACUCCUGCCUCGCCUGGCCCACACGGCAGGUGCAGGGGCGCCCGAGCACACGGCCCCACGAGACCAGGGCAGGGCUCAGGGCCUUGGUGUGGAAAAUCCAGGUGAUGGGAGGAAACGACCCGCACGGGCUUAGAGCCAGCUCGGAGCCGGGGUCGGCAGCGAACCCGGGCCCCGAGCGGGGGCGGGAGGGACAUGCUGGCCCCACAGCUCAGGCCCUGGGGCAGGGCUGCAGCGCCUAGCGGAGGAGUGAGGGUCAGGAGUCUCUGUCUUUCCACCAGACAUUUCCAGGGGCCUCACUGACGCCCGCUCCGCUCCCCCCCAGGCCCCCAGGGCAGCAGAGGCUGCUGGGAAGGCCGGUGCCCUUUGACCAGUGGGUGCAGCCAGAAUCCAGCUCUCGCCGAGCCCCACUGAGUCAGCGCCCGGACUCAUGGCACAUGGGCAAAGUCUAACCCGGGGAGCGCGGGGAGCAGGGGACCAAAGUCCUGGUGGCCCAGCCCCCUCCCUGCCCUGCAGCCUGCCUGGGUGGUCGUGCAGCGAGGGUGACAGGACACCUGCAGUUCUGCCAGCAGCCAGCGGGGGGCAUCGCAGCGGGAUGAUGUCGCACCCCCCCAGCCCGGCAUUGGAGCCCAUGUGAGCCGCCCCCCCGCACACACACGAUGGCCAAGCGGCUCCUGGUGACCUACGCCCUGUGGGCGCUGGGGGGCCCCGUCGGGCUGCACCACGUCUACCUGGGCCGGGACAGCCACGCCCUGCUGUGGAUGCUAACCCUGGGGGGCUUCGGGGUGGGCUGGCUCUGGGAGUUCUGGCAGCUCCCCGGCUGGGUGGCACGAGCCAAUGACGCCCAGGAGCCGCAGCCCCGCAGCCCGGAGCCCCCGGCCCUCAGCCCCGUGCGCUUCUUCGGCCAGGUCCUGGUGGGGAUCUACUUCGGGCUGGUGGCGCUGAUCGGCCUCUCCUCCCUGGCUGGCUUCUACCUGCUGGCCCUGCCGCUGGCCGUGGGCCUGGGGGUGCAUGUGGUGUCCAGCGUGGGCGACCAGACCUCGGAUCUCAGGAGCACCCUGGUGGCGGCCUUCCUCACCUCCCCCGUCUUCUACGGCCGCGCCCUGGCCAUCCUGCCCGUCAGCCUGACGGCCAGCGUGACCGCCCAGCAGUGCCGGCGCUACAAACCCUGCCGGGGCACCCGCACGACGCUGCGCGCCCGGCUGUACCACCUGGGCCUGGCCUAUCUGGCCUUCACCACCCCGCUGGCCUACUGCGCCUUCUGCAACACAGCCGCCACCGCCCGCUACGUGGCCGACGCCAUUGGCACCGUCUUGGGUUGGCUCAGUUUCUUCCCGGCCCUGGGCAGCUUCCUGGAGCAGCUCCUCCUCCUGCCCUACCGCGCCUGGAGGCUGCUGACGGAGGGUGCAGGCUUCGCGGCCGGCUCCUUCCAGGAGUGGGAGAAAGUCUAUGAGUUUGUGCAGAGCUUCCAGAGUGAGCGGCAGCAGCUGGCGUACAAGUCCAGUGGGGUCAUUUCUCUUUGCAACCCCUCAGGUCUUGGGCCUCCGGGAUGGUGCCCCCGUGGAGGAGAUUCACAAGAGUUACCGGGAGCUGGUGAAACUUUGGCACCCGGAUCACAACCGCCACCGGGCGGAGGAGGCCGAGAGACGGUUCAUCGAGGUGCAGGCCGCCUAUGAGAGCCUCAUGCAGCCGAGGAAAGCCAAACCCGCAUGAGGGGCAGCAGCCUUUGUGGGGGAGGCCAAGCUGCCGCACCCCUCCCACGGCUUUGCAGUUGGAGAAUGUGCCUGCUUUCUCCACCCAGCCCCCAGGCACUUCUUGGGGACGGCAUGAGAACCAGGAAGUGAAACUGACCGGACUAGGUUUGCUCUCACAAGCAGAGUGAAAUGCAAAACAGCGACCCAGGUGCGAAGGAAAACGGCCCGGCUGAGCGGCAGUAACCUCAGCUGUUCCUCUCAAUCCUGACGUUGCGGCAGAGACGGACAGGGCACCGGGCUGGCACAUUGCACUGGGCAGCAAGAGAGACGCUUUCCCCCUCCCCCUUCCUGAGGGGGCAGGUGGCUCACUGGAUGGCAACUCGUGGCCUAUGCGAAGGGGACUGGCCAUCAGCCCUCCUGGGUGCUGUGCCUAGCUCUGCUGCUGAGUCAUCGCGUGACGUGGUGCCAGCCAUGUCUCCUGUCCGGGUAAAAGGGGGCCAGUGCCUGGUCCCCAGGUGGGGUUUGAGGUGACUGGUUUCAAAGUGCUUUGAGAUCCAGGGAUGGAAGGUGGCCGAGAUGGGCCGGGGCUCAUGAGAAACCAGGGACGGGGGACAAAUUAUCAGAAGAGUCUCAAUGAAAUGGCCAAAAGUGCUCCAGACCUGUCGCUCCCAUUAAGAACAGUAGAGUGUGGAUCGGGCCCAGGGCGUGUCAUAAAGCAGGGUUCUUCCGUUGUAAUUUUUGAGGGCUGUCGCUUAGUCUAGUGGCUGGAGCAGUGGCAUGGGAGCCAGGAACAUGGUUCUAGUCCGGGCUCUGCCACUGACCUUCUUGGGCAAGUCACUUGAUCCCUGUUUCCCUUCCCACUCGGUGUCUGUCCUGUCUGUUUAGACUGCCCGCUCUUCAGGGCAGGGACCGGUAAUGCUGCAUGUCGCUGCCGACACCCCUCCCUGCUGAGCUCCAGCAUUCUCAGGGCCAGCCCCAUGGCUCGCAUGUAGGGGCUGGCGUUGCAUCAGCAAUGUUUUAUAGCUGACCGGGCAAACAUACACCUGCUUUUGAUUUACCAGCCGCUCCUGGGCCCUUCUGAACUGUUCCAACGGGCCAGAGUCCAUGUGCGGCCGGGGCCAACGAGCAGCUCCCACGCACGGCUGGGGCCAAAGACCGACAACAUCACGUCGCUGCCGACUGCCCUCGGACCAAACUUGGCGGUGGCCUGGGGACUCUGCACUUUGCUGCCACAAGCCCUGCAGCUGAUAAGAAGGGCGAGGACGGUCUUUUACCCUGCGUUUGGACAGCACCGAGCUCUGCUCUGGGCCUGCCGGCCGCUUGUCCUACAAAUAAACAGCACCAAUGAAGCACUUUGGGUUGAAUGUGGGAACGAUGCAUUGAUAUUUGAUGUCGUUGUGAUGCCCUGGGUGCCCAGUAGGUGUCGGCAUCAGGCUGCAGAUGGAAAGAGGAGAACCAAAAAUAAAGGAAAUAAAGAACUGA